ACUCUUUUUUUGGGGAUUAUUCAGGGUUACCCACGUACAGAAUGAGACUGUAAAGACGAACUGAAAUUCUUAUUAGAUGAUGAUCCAAUUAUUUAAAGGUUAUUUGCGUAGAAUGCGUCAGUGUACGUUUAUCUCAAGUUACGCAGGGGAUACUCUAUAGAAAUGAAAGCUCUUCAAUUCGUCCCGAGUUUCUAAACUUGCAGCCCGAGUCGGUCCUAAUUGAGGAUGAAGCACCAUAUAGAGGCCGACCCAGUGUUUCAUGAUCACUGAAGAAAAUGUUUUAGCAGACUUAUCAGGGAUCGCUACAGCUGAGACGAACCUAGAAAAUUAACACAUCAAUAAUUAUGGCUUCAAAAUCAAAAGAAAAUGCUGCGGAAGAAUUAAAACCAACAGAGGAGAAAGGAUGUGGUCAACGUUUCAUGAGUAUUUUUGGAGAGUGCGAACUAUCUAAGAAUUUAAUACGAAGAAAUAAAAACUCAAUUUACUGGAUACCAUUUAGGUUUGUUGAUGCAAUACUACGGGGGAUCUCACAAGUUGUUUUCGUUUCAAAUCCUAUAUCAGGAGCAUUAAUUCUAUCAGGAAUCUAUUUGGGAGGAAUCGUAAUUGGGCAUGGUACUCUUGCCUGUACAGUUGGUGCUCUUCUAUCCGCUUUAUAUUUCAAACAACCAUCAGAUGCAAUACAGGAUGGGUUGACCCAGUUUAAUGGUGUACUGGUUGGUUCAGUUACUUUUUCACUUUACCCGGCAAUAUUUGGAGGAGUUCUUGAUCUUAGAAGUUGGUCAAUAACUGUGUUGGGUUCAGUGAUAUCUGUUCCUAUACAGGUUGCACUAGUCGGGCUUCUGCAAGGAGUAAAAGCAUCCUUCAAGAAUCUCCUAGAGAAGGAGGAGAGGAAGGAGUAUGGAGUACCUGGGUUCACCUUACCAUUCAAUUUAACAGCUUGUAUGGUGAUGUCCCUUCUACUUGCCACACAUCAGGAUUCUUUAGACACAAGCUCACAAAAUCCUAAUAAAAACUCCACAGCUGAAAUUGUUCCUUCUAGUGAGGACUCCCUUCUUGCAUCAGAUGUAAUAGUGGGAGUUGUAAAGUCAAUGGGCCAGGUGUAUGCUGUCAAUACUCUGCCAGGUUCCCUGUUAAUGUUGUUAGGAGUCUUCAUCUAUUCACCUCUUUUGGCAUUUAUAGAGCUUUCAGGAGCCUGUCUUGGAACUUUACUAGGAUUGUACCUGAACCCUGGUUAUCCUGGUGAUGUAUAUGCUGGUAUCUGGGGAUACUGUGCUCUUCUAACUGCUGGAGCAACUGGGGGGUUCUUUGCUAUACUUACUCCUAGAGCUGUGCCUUUAGUUAUCCUUGCAAUAUCAACAACUGCAGCUCUUCAGAAGACUAUUCAACCCUUUCUACAGAUUGGAGGUUUGCCUGUGUUCACUUUUCCCUUUGUUCUGACUAGCUGGGUCUUCUUGCUGGUAACUACAGAUAAUGGUGUUCUAUACAGGACUGACAACCCGACUGUUCCAGAGAGAAAUAUAAAGAUUUGGAUGGAUACAGUGACAGAAUCUAGAAAAUUAAAAAUUCCUGAUUUUAUCCAAAAAAUACGUUCAAAUAAAAUAGAAGAUGCAGCCUGAACAAAUCCUUGUAAAGUAUUUCUCACACAUGAUAAUAUAAAUUACAAAUAUUUU